GGCCGAGUGUAAAGGCAAUGAUAAUUUUCCGUAGCAGAGGAGUAUUACUCCGCUGCUGCGCGCCCCACGGCUCCGGGGAGAGAUACCGAGAGAAGAGGGGAAAGAGAUUCAUUUCUUACGAACUCCGCUAGUGAGUCUGCAAUUCCCAAAACCAUUAUUCGAUUUUGAGAGAGAGAGAGAGAGAGAGAGAGAGUUUAGGAAGGAGAUGGAGAGCAGUAGCAUUAGUGUAGAGAGAAGGGGCGAGGGGUUUCGAAUCGAGAAUCCGUUUGCUUUGAAGGUGGGUCAAGUAUUUACAGGCUUUGGCGUCGGCUGCGGUGUUGGGAUUGGCGUCGGUCGCCCUUUAAAUGUAGGUGCUAUACCAGUACUAAACCAAGUUAUGACUGCCACAAGAGGUGCAACUGAUGCUUUUUCUGGUGUUGGUCGACAUGUGAAUAGUUCUUUGAGGAAGUUGGGGGCAAAGAGCAUUGAAGCGGGGAUUGGAUGUGGACUUGGAUUUGGCCAUGGUUUUGGAGUUGGAAUUGCCGUGAAGCCUGGAGUGGUGAAUCAAGUUCAGUCCUGUGUUUUGCAAGCAAUGGCCAAAAUGAUGAUGAAAUUUGGAAUUGCUCCAAAUUUGUCCAUUGGUCAAGGUGUCCUGCCAGUUUCUUUGCAAGGUGUUAGGAGCUUGACUAGUGAACCAUCCAACCAAAACCCCAUGGGAAGUUUCAUGCAGUUAGCGACAAAAAUACCGGAAUAUUCAUCCCAGGCCCUACCUAAAGAUGGAAAUCUGAGUGUUGUAUCUACAGAAACUUCUGCAUCAAAAAGCACUCCAAUAGGUAUUUCUGUUGGCAAUCAAUCAGAGAAAGUUAUCAGCAGUUUUCUGCAGAAUCCAGUUUUGAAAGAAGAAAACAAUGACCUGGUUGCUCACUUGCAGUCAGAGAACAACAUGCUUCAUAUGGUGUUGAAACAUCAGCAAAUCAUUGAAAAGCUUAUAGAGGAAAAUGAGAAGCUUCGUCAGAUAUUGGUGGAGGACCUGAAAAUUCCAGUUAGCAAGAUACAAGCCAGUAACUCCGGCAGAAAUAGAUCGCCUUGCAGUGAUUGUUUUGAGUGCCGUAGAAAACAAAGGAAAAACAGAUGAAGAUGGAUUGUUGGAGGACCUCAAAAUUUUAGCGAAUCCAGUUUAUCCACUGGAAAUAAAUCUCCACCCGGCGACCGUUUCAACUGGCCUCAAAACCAAGGAAACAGAUGGAAGAUAAAUUUGCUUUCAACUGUAGACCGACGCCAUUCAAGUUCAUGGUCACAAAGAUCCUAAGCGCUGCUCUUGACUAGGGUUCACGGUAUACAUAGUAAAAGAAAACAUGACAGCGCUUUAAGUUGGAAUUCUCAUUUCUUGACAAAACAAACCGAAGGCAUUAAAGCAGCAAGCAACAAGCAUCAUAUUUUGUGUGUACAAGUUGAAUUCCUCCUCCCUACUGAUUUGUAUGCUGCCUUGUUUUAGAUUAGUUUUUGACUUGGAUUUCUGAAUGCGAAACCAAGUUCAUGUUUUCAGAUGACCAAAAUCCUUUAUUAAUAAAUACUGCAGCAUUUGUUUUU